AUGGCUUUCUUGAUCAAGAGCAUGAUUGGGAACCCCCUGUCAGGCAUUGGCCUUGGUGGUGGAGGUGACAAAGAAGAGGAGGCCGCCCCCACAGAUCCAGCCAAAGCAGCAGGGAUGACACGAGAAGAGUAUGAAGAGUAUCAAAAACAGGUGGUGGAGGAGAAGAUGGAGAGAGAUGCAGAUUUCUUAAACAAGAAAGCAGAGAGGGCGACACUCAGGGUGUGCCUCAGAGACAAAUACAGGCUGCCAAAGAGCGAGCAGGAUGACAACAUGAUUGAGAUGGCCGGGGACGACGUGGACGUUCCCGAGGAGCUGCUGAAGAUGGUGGACGAGGACGCCACGGAGGAGGAGGGCAAGGACUCCCUCAUGGGCCAGUUUCAGAACUUGCAGAACAUGGACAUGGACCAGCUGAAGGAGAAGGCGUCAGCCACCGUCACCGAAAUGAAGACAAAAGCAGAGGAGAAGUGCUCCGUCAUGUGA